CACGGUCAGUAGAAAACUGCAAAGAAGGACAUUUACUGGGCCGAGUUUCCACCACCACGCAGCCAUAUUUCUCCUGUGAAAUUGUCCUACUUGUUGCUAACUGUACUAGCCGCACAGGAAUCAGUCGUUGGUACAGACUGACAAACCGGCCGGUAUUUCAAUUGUCGAGUGAGGGCGCGCUAUACAUUAACCGCAACAUUUUCAACGAUGUCUGCCGACGAAGAUACCGAACUGAGGGAUUUGGUGGCCCAAACCCUCGAAAGUAGCGGAGUUCUGGGGAAGAUCAGGGCUGAGCUGAGAGCAAGUGUCUUCCUCGCCCUUGAAGAGCAAGAUGCUGUGCAGAACAAAACUCCCUUCAUCAACCAGGAGCUGAAGAAAUUCCUCACUACCAAGGAGGGUGUUUUGGCAACCUCCCUGCUUCAGGAAUUUUUAGAACUCUUCCAUUUGGACUUCACACUUGCCGUCUUCAACCCGGAAACAAAUUUUGGGGAGAAAUACGAAGGUAGGGACAGUCUCGCCAAGGACCUUGGCCUGGUGGACUCGGAGAAGACAAGAGGCAAGCCCCUCCUGUGUGAGUUGCUACGACGAGCCAAUGAACAGUCUAGUAGGUCAGGCCUACAGCGAUCACACUCCAAUGCAGAGGAUAUUAACAUACCAAAGGAUCUGACAGCAGUUCAAAUAGCUGAUGCCAAACAGAAGUUUGAUUUUUACGAUGCAGACAAGAGUGGUUCCAUCGACAAGGAUGAGCUUCGCAAUCUUUUCAUUGACAUGUUUCCCCAUUUUCACAGGAACAUGUUGGAGCGCUACGUGAAUGAUGAAUUUAGAGCUGGCGACAAAGACUUCAGCAGUGGCAUUGACUUUGAUGAGUUCCUGGGCAUGUAUCGCCGGCUGUUUGUGGUCUGUCGUUCGGUCGUCUCCAGUGAUGUUGCCGACAUCAGUCCCCAGUCCCAGAGAAGACUGAGUGAUUCCAUGAAGCACAGUGUCAACUUGAAACCGAUAACAGCAAGGCAGAACAACAGCUCCAACGAAACCGACAGCUCAGCUCCGCAGAGUCACUCAGCCAUGAAGGAGAAAACAGACACGAACAAACAAAUGAAAGGUCGUCAGAGGUCACUAUCUGCAGGGAGUGAUGUCAGUGAGGACUCGUUCUUUGACGACAUACCAGCACCGAGUAGAAAACCACUAACAUUUAGCAGCAUGAAGACAAAGAAGGAGAGUCCACCUCAGUCCCCUCCGAAAACCCCACCCCCAAAAUCUCCCGGGAGUGGUAUGAGCUCCCUUUUCAAUGCCCCACCACUCGCAGGAAAGAGUGGGAUGGGCUCAUUAGCUGGGGCUCCACCAUUACCGGGAAAGGGUGGGCCAAGAGAUACUUCCAGUCCGGAUUGGAAAGAUCUGAAAGCCUUGGACAACAAGCUAGACAAGUUAAGUUUUGAUGUGUCCAAGAGUGAGGCAAGUGAGGACUAUGAGGAUGACUUCCAGAGUUCUCAAGACAGUCAGAGCCAGGCCCACACUGCCGGGAACAAGAGCCAGAAGAGCAAUGAAGCAAACAGCGUCAGCGAAGAAAUCAGUGAAGAAAUACAAGAUGACUUUGACAUCUCGGGAGAUGACGACUUUCUCGCAAGCAGUCAAGACAAGUUAGACGAGUUGACCACUGACCGAUCAGUCUCCCAAAUCAGCGGUCGAUUUGACUACAUUGAGGACGCCCAAUUGGAAUUUUAAAAUGGUGAGAGGUUGUCGGCGUGUCACCCCAGAAUGUUAUCAGCGAACGUGAUACUCCAGUCCCCCAUUUCUAGCUCAGGCGAAACAAGCAGAACAAAUUAUAGAUGCUGUGCAUGUCAAAAUUGUGUGGUAAGUUGGAAACUGGUCCACUGAACACACAAUCUGUUGGACUGGAAAUGUAAGUAAGUAAAUUUGGUUCUGUGCCAGUAUGGCCCAUCAGG